AUAAGUUAUAAUUAGCAGCAGGAGCUACUGAUAUCCUGAAAAAAAACAUGGUGAUUCCUGAUACAUAUCUGAUAAUGGGUAGGACCAUCACUCCUAUGGCUGGUCCGUGUGGGUUGUCUCCAGUAGCAUGACUGGCCUCACUUAUGCUUGAGAAUCUCAGAAAACAUUCUCUUGCUACGACACAAUUGAUAUGAUGAAAACUAUCUUAAGAUAAUUUAAUUGUUAAAAUUUGCUUUUUUUAAUGUUUCAGGGCAUUCAAGUCAGUAAUCAAAACAUUCUCGAAGGCGAACCAGUAGUCCUUUCUUGCAUUGCUCAAGGUUCUGAACAGAUUGAAUUCUACUGGUACAAAGAUGGCUAUUCCAUUGACACAAAUAAAAGCUCAAAUGAAUUAUGGUUACAAAAACUGCCUAAAAAUUCAAAAGACGAAUACAGAGCCGUUCUAGGCAUAAAAUCUGCAAAACCAGUAGAUACAGGAAGGUACACUUGUCGGGUCUUAGAUUGGGGACUGAAAGAGUGUCGAUCUGUAUUUCUUGAAGUGCAGAGUCCACCUGCUGUACAUAUUUCACCGAUGACUGCCUCAAUAAAUAAAGGUGACAAUAUUGAUUUAACCUGUGUCUCAACAAACCAGGGGGUUUCCUAUUCUUGGACCAAAGACAGAAAUUUGUUUGCUCUGAAUCCUAAAUCCGAAGUUUGGGAAGAUCUUAAGCCAUGGGGUUCCAUUUUACACGUCAAGAAUGUUCAGAAAAGUGUUACAUACAUAUGCCAUGCUCAGACAAGAGCCACAACUAUCGAAAGAAGUAUCCGAAUCAACAUACUGACUCCAGGAUCUUGCCAAGAAAUAGAAGAAGCUGGAAUAUUUUGGAGAUCUGCGGCUUCUGGGAGUUUGGGGAUGGCAGUUUGUCCAACUGGCUUUACUGGUCAUACAUUGAGGAACUGCUUAACAGUUGAGCCUGGAGUAGCUCGUUGGGAAGAGCCAGAUUUUUCAAAUUGUAUCUCCGACAGGUUGCGCCAGAUAAUGAUUGAUUUUCAGAUGAUUAGGCGUGGCUAUAUGAAGCUAUCUCUUUUGCUUCUAUUGUCAAACCUAUUUACAUGGCUUAGUUUACGUGUACCAUGCUACCAUGGUGAAGGAGAGCCAGUUUUAGAACUACUUUUGGAAAUCACCUCUUAUGUGAACCAUACUUUUACUUCAGAUGAAGUUUUGAAUGUUACCAAAGUAUUCUAUGCAAAUGUGGAUCUACUUCUGUCACAACCAAAUGCAUUUGUCCAUAUUGAGAAAGUCGGCAAACUUCAAGCAUUAGUCGACACUUGGGCUUUGAUGUGGAGUGAGCAUAUGAACCAAACAGUGGCACAUUUGUCUUAUAAUGAGUUUGUCAUCGAUGUUAUUAAGUUGAAAAAUGAAGUUGAAUAUCGUUACUACAUACCUAUGCAUGCUAACUAUCCCCGUUGGUACACAGCCAAUAUAGGAAUAGAUGUAAUGAUUCAAUCUGGGAAUAAAUUGAAUAGAAUCAUAGUGGUUAACUACCAAAACAUAUCAAAAUUUUUACCAAGAUUAUCUUCGCAGAUCCUUAGAGAUGGAAGUGAAUUGAUUUAUGAAUCAAAGUCCAAUAUCGUAAGCAUUUCUGCUCAUGGAGAAGUGAGCUUGCAGCUAGAAAUGACGUUGCCGGCGAGCGAUCUUAUCAGUGAAGACUGGAAACUCACCUGUGCGAGGGCUGAAGUGAUCGGCCAAGAAUGGGACUUCACCACUUGCCAUCUUGAUUCUAAGGCAGGGAAUUCCAGCCGUUGCCUCUGUCAAAGGACUGGCUUAUACGCUGCUCUAAUUAUCCAUCAUUCUUCUUCUAAGUUUGGAGAUACGACAAGAGACCAGUCAUCUCCUAUUGUGACGUUGGGCUGCGGUUGCUGUCUAUUUCAGUCUUGUCUCACACUUCUGUUGCUCGGAUGUCGUAGAGCUUUUAUUCAACUGCUCAAAGUGCAGUUUUGUUUUUCUGUGUGUGUCUUAAUGGUGAUUUUUGUUCAUUUCACUAGGGUCACUCCGUCUGAAGACAUGUAUCUACAUUUAACGAUUCUUUUGGAGCUUAUGUUCUGUCUUGCCUUUUCUUCUCACUUGGGGAAGCUUCUAAUCAUUUAUACAGAAGUAGUUUUUGUAUCUAACUCAAGAAGUGUUAAAUCCACUGUUUUAGGCUUAACUUUUGGUCUCGCAUUGCUACCUUGCUUGAUCAGCGGAGCCGCAGAAUCCUCAACAAGCAAAUUCAAUAAAUCUUGGUGGUUACCUGUCGGUUCGCCUUCUUUCUGCACAGCUGUUAUUUCAUUGUUUUUUAUUACUGGUCUCUUCUGUAUGCUGUAUUUUAGUCUCCUCCGCCGCUUUCAUUAUCUCAGUACCAUAAAGAAGGCUAAAAUAGAUCAUAUUAUUGAUCACAGGGUCGGACUAAUGAAAAGAAUAGGUAUUCUUUAUUGCUCAAUAGUUUUAGUGGCAAUAUUCAGUGUGAUAUACAGCAACUCUCCGAGUACCAUUGUUUCAUAUACCUUCAGCCUCCUUUCUGGAUUGUUGGGAUUCCUUACAUUUUUCUGUUAUGUACUCCACAGUGAAUCUCAUAUGAACAUGGAAGUGAUGGUGAAUCAAUUAAAAGUUACCACCACCAAAGAACAAGAUUAUAGUUCUGAUUCUGAUUACAAUUUAUUUAACUUUUUUGCAAAACAAGAAGCUGAAGUAGAAAAUGAAGACCCUCCUCAGAAAGUAAAAGAGAUAGAAAUCACUUUGAGAGAAAUUAAUGAAGAUAUUUCAGCAAAACCAAAAUUAGUCACGUUUGAUGGCCAGCUUCAAUGCGAAACUAAACUUCAAAACGUAGAUCUUGAAGUAUACCCUGAGAGCCCACAAAAGCAUAGUAAAACAUCUGUUGCUGAAGCGUGUGUUGGCGUCAGUAGUUUUGAAAUCAUCUCCCCAACAGACAUCUCACACGUGGUACAACCUUCUUCAGAAGUGCGUGGUCCGUCUGAAGAGACUCUCUCAGGAAUCAGUCCCUCCGAAGUGCUCAACAGGAUAUCUAAUGACUUGGACUACCUGCUCAAUUGGCAACCUUCCUGCGAAGGAGUCGAACCUGCCCAACCAAGAUCAAGCUCAAGGGCUGGUUCUCAUUCUUCUUUAGCCGGUACAAGUCACACGAGAAAAACUGUUUUAUAA